UUCCUUCAGUGCUCGUUCGGUGAAGAGCGCGUGCGCAUCCUGCGUAAGGCACCCCAAGCGGUAUUGCGCUGAACUGAACAAUAUUAAUACGGGUUGAACGAACUAAAUGCGAAUUUUAUUGCAAAUAUAUUGAACCGAUACCUUGAUUAUAUUUGGCGUGGUAGUUGAUUUUUUUUGUGAUGAACGAAACUGGACUUAAUAAUAAUUAAAAAUUUUGACUGUGUAUUGACGGUUAUGUGGCAUUAAGAAUGGAGACGUUAGUUCUAAUUCCUCAAGAACUUAGUCUCGCUCUACGGCCAGGGGGAGCUAGGGGGAGAGAAGCUUCUGUCAGCGUUUGGACAUCAACUGAGAUUCAGAGGGGUGCAUUAUUAUACCCCUUUCAAGGGACUAUUAGGAUCGACAAACUUCAUGUCUACUCGUAUGUACCUGAUCACGAUGUACGUCAUAGAUUUGGGCUGUUUGAUGAAGUGUGUACUUCAGCAGGAGUCCAAGUUCGCCACUGUAAUUGGGUUCGAUUUCUACGGGUGUCAGAAAACUAUGGACCACAGGUGAACCUAGUGUGUACAAAAGUAAAGGGAGAACCAGUGUACGAAGCGGUUAAACCAGUAUCCGCGCACACUGAGCUGGUAGUCUACUAUCUUCCAGAAAGACCUGAAGAGCUAUUCUUCGUGAGAAUGAGGAAUAAUCUGUACAGACAGACAAUGGAUUCUAUACUGGAAGAUUCACCUUUAGAUCUUUCCACAUCAUUACUCUCAAGAGUUCUUCUACCAAUAUCUCCUCCAUCAGGAGCUGAAGAUGAACACAAAUCUGUAUCUGGUGACUCCUUAACAUCUUCAUCAGCUGGAUCAUCGACUGAACUUUUAGAAAUGACACCAAAAAUUCAAAGGAGGCCUGCUAAGUCUGAAAGGGCUUUGCUCCCUUGCGAAGUUUGUGGAAAGGCAUUCGACAGGCCAUCACUUUUAAAAAGGCAUAUGCGAACACAUACCGGUGAAAAGCCUCAUGUUUGCAUGGUAUGUAAUAAAGGCUUUAGUACAUCUAGCAGUCUUAAUACACAUAGAAGGAUACACUCUGGUGAAAAGCCUCAUCAGUGUCAGCAUUGUGGGAAAAGAUUUACGGCGAGUUCAAAUCUCUAUUACCAUAGAAUGACACAUAUAAAGGAAAAGCCUCACAAAUGCAGUCUGUGUUCGAAGUCGUUCCCGACCCCUGGCGACCUGAAAUCUCAUAUGUAUGUCCACAGCGGUUCGUGGCCUUACAAGUGCCAUAUCUGCUCCAGAGGCUUUUCAAAACACACCAAUCUGAAGAACCAUCUCUUCCUUCACACUGCCAAGCAUCAACGCAAUAGCACCAGGGACACAACUUGAUGAAGACCUAAGAAUAAUAUUUUAUGCAAAUGAAAAAGAAAUUCAUUAUCUUUAUAUAAAAAGUGUGAUAUUAGAUGUUAAUUAGUGUAAGGUAUUAAAUUAUUUAAAUAUAUAACUGAUUAAUGCUAAAUAAUGCUAGGAAAUACUUUUAUACUAAGCUAUAAAAUUUUAAGAACUGAACAUUAUACUUCUGUAUAUUAUAAAGUUUUUUUUUUAAAUAGACUUACGUCUAGAUUAGGUUAUUUUUUAGAGAUUUCAAAAUAUAUUGUAUAUACCUAGCCGCCUCCUAAUUGUAAAUAAAAAUAGUAAACUACAUAGUACUAUGUAGCGAUUUUAAAAAUGAUAUACUUACAUAACGUAUGUAUAGUGAUGCUAUUUCCCGUCCAAAAUAAAUUCAAGCGAAUUAUUAAUUUAUAGAAACGAUAUUUAUAUAUUAUUUUUAA